CGGAAGGAAUGUUGUGCUUUGUGAAUUACCCAUCGCGAGUUGGUAAAUGGCGUGUGCUACAUUUGCUCUGCCGAUUGCGAAAUCGCAAUAUGGAAACCGUUUGCCAGAAUAUACCCUGACCUUUUUUGACACACGCCUCGGAGCUUCGGUGGCAUUGGUAACAUCAUUAUAAGAUGGUGUUCAGGACGGGGUUUACAUGGAUUUGUCUGCUGCUUUUGUUUUUUGCCAGCAUUAAAGCCAUAAAGGUCAUUGGUCGGGAUGUGACUGUGACAGCAGGAGAUGAUGUGCAGUUAUUCUGUGAAGCGAUCGAGACAACUGAGACUCUAACAAUUAUUAGGUGGCAAAGACGAACAAAGAAAAGGCCAAGAAAUACAGAUUUUUUGGUUAUCACUUCCAGUGGCAAAGAAUAUAUAAACCGAUUUGGGGACCGUGUAAAAUUUGCAGGGAACUUAACAGUACUGGACGGCUCAAUUCUUCUAAGUAAUGUUACUCUUUUAGAUGAAGGAAUCUACACCUGCAUCUUCAGAGUAUUUCCAAGUGGACGAAAUGAAACAGAAAUUCGUCUCAGAGUACAAGUUCCUCCUGUUGUCACUGUGGGCACUAAUGUUCCUGCUGUUGCUGGAGACACUGGGGGGAUUUUAGCGACCUGCACUGCAGCCCAUGCAAAGCCUGCAGCAGAAGUGUCAUGGAGUCGGGGUGCUUUAAACAACACGGCGAAAGUACAAAAUACUGUCACUGUGGACUCUGAAGAUAGAUACACUGUUAAAAGCAACCUGAUUGGAACUGCAUCUAAAGAUCUAAACCAGAAGAAGGUUCAGUGUGUAGUCACACACCCUGGCCUAAAGCAGAAACUGGAACUGAGUUACUCAUUGGAUAUUCACUAUCCUCCCCAGGUGGUUUAUAUUAGUUCAGCAGGUGAUCAAGGGGAAACCCGUGAAUUUCUGUGUGCCACAGACGCUAAUCCAAAACCUACAAACUUUACCUGGGGCAGAUCUUUUCCAGUGAACGAGACUCUUUCCAGUGGUGGUAGUAGCAGACUGAUUGUUCCGCUGACCCCUGGUAGUAACGGACCUUACUACUGUUUGGUGUCUAACCAAUACGGGGAAGCUGUUGGUUCCCUCUAUAUGCAUGUUGAAACAUCUACAGAAUCUAAAACCUGUUGGACUCUGUUCAUCCUGACCCUCGUUGCUGGGGUUUGCUGUUUUCUCAUUUGGAAGUUUGAAUUGUUUCAGCGUGUUAAUAAAAUACUGCGGCGUGAUAUCCAUCAACCUGUGUGUACGGAAUCUCCAGACCACGAAUAGGAGCAUGCCAAAUUGAAGCAGUAAUUAAAGCACAAGAAGCCCCAACUGUCAUGAUUCAGCUCGGACUUUGGCCACGUGCAGUUUUGUUUAUGUUUCUCGUCACGUGUCUGCCCCGCCUUCGUCUGCUGCUUCCUGUCAUCAC